AUGCAAAGCCAACAGCGCAUUGAUGCGUUAGACGACGAAACUGUUGCGCUCCUGUCCCAGUAUCACAGUGAGCUUGAGCGUCUUUCAGACCUUGAAACGUACAACACCAAUAUGCGCAAGAUGCGUGCCAGCCAGGAACUCGAAAAAGAGCGACUCAGCGCAGAACUGACUGAAGUCGAAGUUGUGCGGCGCGAGUUGUUUCCAUUGAUGGUUGAAAUGAUUGACCUGCUGGAUCGGUUCAUUGAAUUAGACCAGCCGCUCCUGCUUGUGGAACGAAAAGCUCGAUUAGCCGCAUUACGCGAAAACCUGAAUCGGUCAAACGUUACGCUGGGCGAAAAAUAUCGCCGGGUUAUUGAGGCCUACCAGAUAGAAGCUGAAUAUGGUCGCAGCAUUGAGGCUUAUGAAGGUUCUCUGACGCUCGAUGGUCGCGACCUCACGGUCGAUUUCCUGCGUGUUGGCAGACUGGCUUUGUAUUACAUAAGCCUUGACGGCAGCGAGGCUGGUUUGUGGGACCCAGCGGAAAAACAGUGGCACGACCUUGAUGAAGAAUAUUUGUCUUUACUGGAUUUUGCGCUUCGGGUUGCGCGUAAACAGGCGUUCAAGGGUUUUGCUCUCCUGCAGGUUUUCCUGUUUACGCUGGCCACCUAUGGGGCGGAGUCUGCAAGUCAGGAAGCCCAGGCCCAGCCUGAGACCCUGGCCGAACUUGUGCGUAGUGUGCGGGACAAAACCGCACGCAAUCAGACCAGGCUGGCUGAGCGUGAGCAACGGUUUAUUGCCGCUCGGAAUGAGCGUGCGCAGCUUCUACGGGAUGUCAGGCAACGGCGACAGGCUGCCGAAAACGAAGCCGAUAGAUUGCGCGCUGAGUUUGAAACCGGUGAGGAAGAGCUUGCAGACCUGGAAACAAAGCUGGAUGAAAAUGCCGGCGAUCUGCGGGAAGUUUUCUCUGUUGUAAGGCAGGUAGCGGGUGACGUUGCACCUAUAUUGCAGAACUCUUUAGUCGCUGCACAAAUGGGUCAGCGCAGCGAGCUGGUUGAGCGACUGGCCUCGGGUGAACGCAACCCGACGUCUGCCGAACUUCGCGAGCUCUGGCUGACACUUCUGGAUGAGAUGGAAAAAAGCGGCCACGUUGCGCGUUUUGAAACCGAAGUCAUUACCGCCACCGGCGAAGAAGUGAUGAAACAGGUCACGCGUAUCGGGACGUUUACAGCAUUGGCGGAUGGUCAAUAUUUAAGGUUCCUGCCAGACAGUGGCAAACUGCUGGCACUUGCGCGUCAACCCGCAGGGACAAGUGCCGGCGAGGCGUUAAAAUUUGAACAAGCACAACAACCCCUGACUUCGGUUGCCAUAGAUCCGUCGCGAGGCUCCAUUUUAGCCCUGAUUGUGCAGACACCAGAGAUGUCAGAACGCAUAAAACAGGGUGGUGUCAUCGGUUAUCUCAUACUUCUGAUCGGAGCAAUCGGUGUCGCGUUGGGGGCCUAUCGACUGGCGGCCAUCCUGCUUACUCAGCGCAAAGUACGCAGGGAGCAAAGCGAUCCAGCGCGGGAUGACGGACAUACCAUCGCCACCUUACGAAAAGUCGCCCAGGAUGACGCUUAUCAGCUUGAUGCCAGUGCGUUAUCGGCAAAACUGGAUGAGGUGGUUGCCGGAGCUGCUGAACGACUCAAUAGGGGCUUACCUACGCUGGCGAUCAUUGCGGCUGUCAGUCCUCUGUUGGGGCUGCUCGGAACGGUGACCGGCAUGAUCGAAACCUUUCAGGUCAUCACCCUGUUUGGCGCUGGCGAUCCAAGACUCAUGUCGGGAGGUAUCUCUCAGGCACUGAUUACCACGCAAUUGGGAUUGGCCGUUGCUAUCCCUCUGCUGUUGCUGCACAGCUUCCUGCAGGGCCGGGCAAACAUGCUCAUAACCUUGUUGGAUCAAACGGCAACCAAUCUGUUUGCUACCCAGCGCGGCGCCCGGGUACUCACAGCCAUUCUUCCACUGCUUGGUCUGCUGGGUACAGUGAUUGGCAUGAUCAAGACCUUCGAGGUUAUGACCGCCUUUGGAUCCGGCAAUGUGCGCGGCAUGGCAGAAGGCAUAUCCCAGGCGCUGAUCACCACAAUGGCUGGUUUGAUGACGGCGCUGGCAGGUAUGUACUUCGCGAGUGAUCUCGACAAUCGUAUUGAUCGUGAGACUGAACACCUCAGUCAGGUCCUUAACACCGAAGGCGGAAACGCGGCGAUUAAUCUAACGCCGCUGAUCGACAUGGUUUUCAUUCUGCUGAUAUUUUUUGCGGUCAAUUCCACGUUUGUCAAAUUGCCGGGCGUAGAGAUUGAUCAACCCAGCGCCAAAUCGACCACAGUGCAAAAGGCAGCGACCAUUCUGAUUGCGGUCACCGACGUUGGCGACAUCUGGAUCGACAAGAAAAAGAUCGACAUACGUCGAGUCCGUGGUGUGAUUGAACAGAUGUUCCUGGAGAGCCCUGAUGCUUCAGUGGUGGUUCUGUCGGAUCAGGAUUCACGUACUGGACUUGUCGUGGAGGUCAUCGAUCAGGCACGACUGGCAGGAGCAAGCAAGGUUGCCAUCGCCGCUGCGGAAGCAUAUGCGGCUAUCGGGCUGCUGGCGAUUGCUAUUAACAUCAUCCUCUACAUCACCAUGGAGAACAUGAUCUCCAGAGAUCGCGUACGUCUGUUCGACGCGGUGGACGCACAAACCAUCGAUUUUGUCCGUGCUGAUCUGGAGAAUGAAACAAAAAUUAAAGAUCGUCGACGCAAGCCGCCACCAAAACCCCAGGAGAUCAAGCGCCCACAGGCGCGUAUGGAUCCGAACAUUGCAGCAGAGGCCACAGAACUGCCAACUACUGCUGCGAUGAUGAACAUCACCAGUUUCCUUGCAGAUGGGGGUGGGGUUGCGCUGGGCGCUCAACUGGUCCAAGGCAGUGGCGAUUCCAUGAUGGAUAUCAUGAUGGCCAGUGAGUUGACGGCACUCAGUCGCUUACCGCCGCAAUAUCCCCCUUCUGCGCUAAUGCGCGAACAGGAAGGCUAUGUCGACGUGUUAUUUGAAGUUGCGACGGAUGGGUCUGUACACAACGCGGUAGUCAUCGAAGCCAAUCCAACGCGGGUUUUCGAACGCGCGGCGCUGGCAGCGGUAUCCCGCUGGCGUUUCCAACCCGUUGUUCGCGAAGGUCGUCCGGUUUCUGUCCGCGCACGGGUACAUGUCGAGUUCAAUCUGCCGCCGCUGGAGGACUAG